AUGGGGACCAUCAUCAAAAAGCAUGCCUUCAGCAGCCAUGGACAUCUGAACCUUUUGAUUCUGAUGAGCUUGAAUGUUGUUAGUUGUGCUAUCCUGGCUGGCUUGACCGCAUGGAGUGCCACAAACUUCUUUGUCAAUCUAAUCAUUAAAGAAAAUCCCUGUGAUCUACUGCUGAGAACCGAAUUCUGUUCCAAAAUCCGUGCCACUUACUUGUUUGCAUUCUGUCUGGUUUCAACAAGUCAUGCUGGAAUUCUGAUUGAACGAAUGUGGGCGACAGUGUUUGUGAAAUCAUAUGAAAAACAAGGAACAAUACUUGGAGCGGUUCUGGCGUUUGCAGCAAUUGCAACUUCUGCGGUUUCUAUUUAUUUUGUGACAAUGGAUGAAGAUGCCAAUGAGCUUAUAACAACUUGUUUGACAUUCUCUGCCUCCAAAUCAGUUGGAAACCAAAUUUAUACAAUGUUCUAUGUUCAACUGGUUCUGGAUGCAAUUGUUUCAGUGGUACACUACGGUUUAUACAAUUAUAACAAGAGCAUCAAGCCCGGUAGCUCCGGAUCCCUCUCGGAGCAAUUCCAGCGUAACGAAAAUGUGAAAACCCUUAAGCAAGUAACUCCGUUGUUGAUUCUAUCGAAUAUCACAAUUGGGGUCUAUAUCUUUGUUAUUUCCGUUUUCCGACUAUACAAAAACUAUUUGCCACCGAAUUGGUACGAGAUCAUCGCAGCUCUUUUAUUUAUGAUGCCCCAUAUGCCAUUGAUGUUUUCCUCGUUACUUCUGAUUGAACUCCACAAAAACAAAAAAGACUUGAAUGCCAAGCAUGAAAAGCUGAUGGCUAAUCAGAACAUCCCAAAAACAGACCAGUUCCAACUUUCUAUCGGAAACUGGGAGGCUGAAUAUGAGGCUCGUUAUAACACCGGAGCAACAGCAAGUGGCAAUCCAAGUUUACAUCUCUGGAGUUUGGCAAAACUGAAGACAAAAUUGAAGAAGAAACACCAAAGCAAAGUUGCAGUUAUUUCUGAAUGA